CGACCUAACUAGCUAGCUGCAUCUGCAUAUGGGUUGUAAACUGCUAAUUUGGGGACAAAAAGAAAAUGAUAGGUUGGAAGGGAACGAUUAGACCGCUGAUUAAUUAUUGGAUUUUGUCAGCUGACGAAAUGGGCAGGGUUUAAGAAGGAAGGAAGCCAUCUUGGAGUUUCUGUUUAAACAAAAUGUACAGCACACGAAAAAAGCCAGAUGUAACCAAAAUCACAGCUACAGAUCAUCUCAGCCAUCUGCGGAUGAAAAUAAGGAAAAUCGUCAAUGUGAAAAAGGAGUAGAAGAAUACAUAUAUACAAAACUUGUAAACUUUUGCUGCACUGCAAUGACAGACUGACUCUUUGGUGCAUUGCCCCUUGGAUUGCUGUUGGGUGAGACUUUUACCUACGCAAAUGUGAGGAGUAAAACAAGUCAGUUGUAUCUGUUUUCUUCCAGCUUUGCAAUAUUGACUCAUUUGUUGAGAGACAAGAAAAAGAAGGAACAGUGGAGACACUGACAAACACUGAGAAGAAAAGCGCCUAAGGACUUUUUUUUGCCUCGGGCCCGAGGAAACUGUGGGGCAGAAAGCUUGCAGGUUUUCUUGCAGAACUUUGUAGAUAACCUUUUUGUUGUCCACUGUUAGGACUUGAACUAAUUGUAAAACACUUUUUGUAAAACUGAGUAGCCAUGAGCACCGCAAGAACGGAGAACCCAGUGGUGCUGAGCUUGGCCGGUCAGAAUGGCCAGAUUCGGGGGUCUUUGAAACCAGCAGGGGUACCUGGUGGUGGAGGUGGAACCCCCCAGCCACAACAGACUAGUCAGAUGAAUGCUUCCAGCACAGUCAACAACGGCAGCUCCCAGCCCACGUCCACAGCCAACACCAUCAUCAAGCCUGGAGAUGACUGGAAGAAGAACUUAAAACUUCCCCCAAAGGACAUGAGAAUGAAGACUUCGGAUGUGACUGCAACCAAGGGCAACGAGUUUGAAGAUUACUGCCUGAAGCGGGAGCUGCUGAUGGGAAUCUUUGAGAUGGGCUGGGAGAAACCUUCACCCAUCCAGGAGGAGAGCAUUCCUAUAGCGUUGUCUGGAAGGGACAUUCUGGCCAGGGCCAAGAACGGGACUGGCAAGAGCGGCGCCUACCUCAUUCCCUUACUUGAACGCAUUGACCUGAAGAAGGACUGCAUACAAGCUGUGGGCGUUGUGCCCACCAGAGAACUGGCUCUGCAGGUGAGCCAGAUCUGCAUCCAGGUCAGCAAACACAUGGGCGGGGUCAAGGUCAUGGUGACCACGGGGGGGACCAACCUUCGUGAUGACAUAAUGAGGCUCGAUGAGACAGUGCACGUUGUCAUCGCCACACCUGGGAGGGUUUUGGACCUCAUUAAAAAGGGAGUGGCCAAAGUAGAUCAGGUGCAAAUGAUUGUAUUGGAUGAGGCAGACAAGCUCCUGUCCCAGGACUUUGUGCAGAUGAUGGAGGAGAUCCUGAGCUUCUUGCCCAAACACAGGCAAAUCCUGUUGUACUCUGCUACCUUUCCCCUCAGUGUGCAGAAGUUCAUGAACGCCCAUCUGCAGAAGCCCUAUGAGAUUAACCUAAUGGAGGAGCUGACUCUGAAGGGGGUGACCCAGUAUUACGCCUACGUGACUGAGAGACAGAAGGUCCACUGCCUUAACACGCUCUUCUCCAGGCUCCAGAUUAAUCAGUCCAUAAUCUUCUGCAACUCGUCCCAACGUGUGGAGCUACUGGCUAAGAAAAUCUCUCAGCUGGGCUACUCCUGCUUCUACAUUCACGCCAAGAUGAGACAGGAGCAUCGUAACCGCGUGUUCCAUGAUUUCAGAAAUGGCCUGUGCCGGAAUCUUGUCUGCACUGACCUCUUCACCAGAGGAAUUGACAUCCAAGCUGUGAAUGUGGUGAUCAACUUUGAUUUCCCGAAGCUGGGAGAGACGUAUCUCCAUCGCAUCGGCCGAUCUGGACGUUUUGGACAUUUGGGUCUGGCUAUUAACCUGAUCACCUACGAUGAUCGCUUCAACCUGAAGGGGAUUGAGGAGCAGCUCGGCACAGAGAUCAAGCCCAUUCCAGGCAGCAUUGACAAGAGCCUGUAUGUGGCCGAGUACCACAGCGAGACCGGGGAGGAGGGCAAGCUGUGAGCAGGAGAGGUCAUCAGCCGGAUUCAUUCCCCUUCCCUCAGUUUCUCUUUUUUUUCCCCAUCUUCCUCCUCUUGUGGAAGGCCUAUAUUUUUUUAAAACCUA